AUGCGCCUUAUAGUACUGUGUGCAGGGCUUUGCCUUGCUGUAACCUUAGGUUCCUGUAGGAUAAUCACGGAAGAUGACAAAAGUAUAGUCGUAGCAGACCUAGAAGUUUCGGAAUCCAAGCACGGCCAUCAUCAUGAAGAAGGCGGCGGCCACGAACACCACGCGCAUCAUCACGAAAGUCACGGUGAUAAGGGGGACAAGGGGUACAAAAGUGAUCAUCAUCAUGACAAAGGCGAGCAUGGCAAACACGGGAAACACCAUUCUGCUGGUCAUCAUGAAGAAAAAGGAGGUCACCACAAGAAACACCACGACGAAGGCGGUCACCACAGCGAGCACCACGCCGACGGCAAGAGUCACAAAGGCGGCAAAUUCGGAGAGAAGAAAGGCCAUAAGAAAGGUCAAAAAACCACCGGUUUCCAUCAUAAAUCGCACAAAGACGAUUAUCAUAAGGAGCACAAAUUCUACGAUGAUUACCACAAGGGUGGUCACCACGAGAAGCACGGCGACUUCCACGGUCAUCACGGAGGCAAGUCCGGUCACCACAAGAAGGGAGGCGGUCACAAGAGCGGUUACCAUGACGACCAUCACGGCAAAAAGGGUCAUACCGAAAAGGGACAUUACGAUGAAGAUCACAAGGGGCAUAAAGGACAUGGUGGACACGAAAGUCAUCACUCACAUCACUCCGACUAUGGAAAGAAAGGCGGCCACAAAGGCGGCAAAGAGUACGGCUUCGCCAGCGGUGGAGGCGGAGGUGGAGGUGGAGGCGGUGGCAAGAAACAUGGAGGAGGAGGCGGAGGGGGCAAACACUAG